AUGGUCCCCCAAGAUCUCCAAAAGGCAUUUGAUAUUGUCGACACCAUCAGCGGCCACAUUCGCCCCUUCAAGGCUCCCAAGGGUGUCAAGAAAGGAAGUGGCAAGAAAGGCGACGCCUCCAACCCUCUGAAGCGUGACAGACUGCCCCGUGAUGACUUUCCUGGUCCAGCCAAGGCUAGAGCUGAUGCAGAAAAGGCCGGAAAGCUCGGUGAUGCCUGCGUCAUCCCCAGGGAGAAGCAAGUUCGAAAGGUUGGCUCAAACACUGUUCGCGAGCUUAUCUGUGAUGACCAGCAGAAGACGAGCACUGUGGAUUGGAUCGUCACCAGUGUCGUUUACCCAACGGCUACUGCAGCGCCAACUGUCCAAGUAAUAGCCACCUGCUCCAAGCAGUACGGCCAAGCUUGUGAGCACUACAGUUCCGUCAUCCGCGAGAAUCCCAAGGUUGCAACUGUGACUUGUGCCCCAGAUGCUGGCUCCAUCAACCCCAAACGAGACCCUGCUCCUGCCGCAGCAAAAUGGCAAAAGGAACACAGCGGACAGGGUUGGCUUGAUGCUCCUCAAGACGCAAAGACGAAUCCCGACAAGGAUAAGAACCUAACAGAGAUUUGUGACAAGAGCGAAUACCCUCCAUCUGUCUUAAUUGACCCCAAGUCGCAAGAGUUUCUUCAAGGUGGUUCUACAAAGGAUGCCCAGCUCAUUCGAUUCAUGCCCAAGGCACAGGCUAAAGCGGCGAGCCGAAUGUUCGACGGUGUGUGCUUAACAGGGCCACUGCAAGGUAUGGAUGCUGGUGCUAUCAAGGCUGCUUGCGACAAGAGUGACAAGACCACCUCCUUUACACGCAAAAGCACCAUCCAUCGCUGCAAGAUCGACGUGGACAAGCGGCCAGUCUUCUCUAUUGGCAAGUUUGAUCACGACAAGCAGGAUAACGAUGGGUUGAACGCAAACUCACCGUGCUGGCCAUCAUCAAAGGCUGGUUCAGAUCCAGGCUUUGCUCUCCUCCGCGUUGAUCCUUUCUACUCUAAGAACGCGGCCCCCAAGAAGGACUACACAAAGAGUGUAUCAGAUUCACCAGCCGCUGGCACUGCGAACAAGACAGGUACACUCCGCGAAGCACCCCUGGGCAAUACAACAAAAAUGGCACCAGUAGCGCCAGUGAAAACAAAGGGUUUUUUCGAGCAAUUCGGAGAGAUGCUAUUUGGAGUCGCGAGGAACCCUACCAAAGUGGGUAAAAGGUUCCGUGUUGUAGAAGCUGCUGUGCUUCCCUGA